GUCGUUAAACCGGUUUAAUUCUUGAUUAAUAAAAGAAGUUCUUAAAGCAUUAAAACAUUGAAAAUGUUAGUGAAGUUUUAAAAAUAUAUAUUUCUUUAUUGCUUAAUAUUAUUGCUCAAUGAAAUAAAUAAUUCGUGAAAAAAAAAAUAUUACAUUCAUGGAGUUAUUUUAUAUUUUCUUCUAUAUCUUUUUUCUUCUGAAAAAAUGUGAAUUAAUACCUGUUGAUUCAGUAGUUAAAAACAUUUCGUCAUCUUUGUCUGCGAUAGAUUUUAUGAAAAAAUAUGGAUAUUUGGAAAGUGGAAUCGCUAAUUCGGAUGCAUUAUAUCAAAAAACUGCUAUAACAAAUGCAGUGAAAACUUUGCAAAAAUUUGGAAAUAUUCCAAUUACUGGUCAACUGGAUAAUACAACACUUGAGCUAAUGGCAUCUCCACGAUGUGGCCUUCCUGAUAUAUUAAGGAAAAAAGAAAAUCAACAACGUAAGAAACGUCAUAUAAUAAGUUUAAAAAGUUGAAAAAAAAGAAAUAUAUAUUUAUAUAUUUUUUAAUACACAUAAAUUUUCUA